CGAGGGACCACCGCGGCAGCCACCCGCCGGAAUCAACUCCCACGCGAUUCCCAUCUCUCGCCGACUCACCCACACAAGAGCAUCGCAGAAUCCGCCCCUCCAAAAAAAAUCAAGCGAGCGCACAGAGGCAGCGUGCGCAGUGCUCGGUUGUCGGAGGAGGAGUAGGUGGGCAGAUCGAUCGAAGGGGUUCAGGCGGUGGGGUUGGUGGUCGGUCGCCAUGGCAGCAGCGGGAGGAGCAGGACGGGGAGGAGGGAAGGGGGAGGGGUCGCUGGCGUACAGGGCGUGGAGGCAGUACCUGCUCCAGCUCCAGCAGCACCCUCUUCGCACAAAGAUGGUCACGGCGGGGUGCCUCGCCGGCGUCAGCGACUCCGUGGCGCAGAAGCUCUCCGGGUACCAGAAGAUUGAGAAGCGCCGGCUGUUCCUCAAGAUGCUCUUUGGUUUUGCAUAUGGUGGCCCAUUUGGACAUUUCUUGCACAAAAUUUUGGAUUAUAUCUUCAAAGGGAAGAAGGAUACCAAAACUAUAGCUAAGAAGGUGUUGCUGGAGCAAGUGACAUCUUCUCCCUGGAACAAUUUGUUGUUCUUGUUCUAUUACGGAUAUGUUGUUGAGAGGAGGCCUUUGAAGGAUGUGACGAUCAGGGUGAAGAAACAAUAUCCUUCUGUGCAAUUGAGCGCUUGGAUGUUUUGGCCAAUUGUCAGUUGGAUCAACCACCAGUACAUGCCUUUGCAAUUCCGUGUGAUCUUCCACAGCUUUGUCGCAUGCUGUUGGGGGAUAUUUCUCAACCUUCGCGCAAGGGCUAUGUCUCUGAAGCAGGCUUAGAUGGUAUAGAAGGAACACAUAGCAGCGCAGCUCCAACCCGGGUACUAACCGGCCAAAGAACGAGGAUGCUGGACGCUAUAUCAUGCACUGUUUUGGAAACAAAAAGUCUUGAAACCAUUCAAGUAGGAGGAUCUCGACUAUUUAUCCAGUAGGAGCAGUCGGUUUAUUAGGUUGUCAACAUGUGCAAAGACAAAUUGAGCUUUCGUGAAUUGAGAUGGAACAGAAGUAUGAUGAAUUGGCCUGCCUUUGAGAACCAGCUCAUUCUUUUUCC